AUGAACGAGGAGUUACCGUUUGAACAUAAACCAUCAAAAGAGCCCAUCAGUCUAUCAGAACCGACAACUUUUGAAGUACUCUGGAAUGCUGCUUCUGAAAUAUUAAAAAGUCUAGGCAACUUUCUUUAUAGUUUAUACCCUUUUAUUUUGAGCCUUAAAGAGGAUCUCCAAAAAUUCUUCCAAGAGUACUAUAAACUACUAAAAGACCAGUACAACAAUUACAAAAGCUAUUUAAAUGAAGACAAUAGAAAGGAGUUUGCCGAGGCUAUACUCAGAAAAGAGCCAAAGCCAAGCUACCAUGACUAUUUACCAGAACCAUUUGUCUCUCUCAGUGGUGUAAUCUUCCUUUUCUUCUUCGUUUCAUAUUUCUUUUCUUACGUUUGGUAUAAUACUUGGAUAGACGCAGUCGUUCGCAUUUCCUACCCCAUGUUCUCUACUCCUUUGAUCUUUUUACUAAUUGGCGAUGCUCUCGAAGAAUUCUACCUCAGAAAUGAAAAUAUUAGUUACAUGUCAUGCACCAUUCUAAAUGGAUCAUUCAAGUUUAGACUCUGCGUUAUACUUCAUCUGAUUAGUCUAUGCUUAUACGUUGGAAAGUUUGGACAGGCAGGUAAUCUAAGAAAGAUGUAUUUUAUACCUAAUUGCUUCAUUCUUUGCUAUGUCUUAUACCUGUAUUAUAGCUUGUAUCUUGUUAGCUUGUUUGACAGACGCGGUUAUAUUACAAUACUAUUCUUAUUCCAGCACAAUACAACACGUCUAAAUCUAUUACAAGCCGUGGUCAUAUUUGGUGCGAUACUUCUUGUCAUGGUUAUGGGCAGAGUUAUAACGAAUUUCCUGUUGAUCCCCUAUAUUAAUAUAUGCAGGGACAAUUCAAAAGCCAAUGCCGAGGCCGAACAUAAAGAAAAAGAAAACAAGGAUAAAAAGGACAAGGAGGACAAGGAAAAACUCAAAAUUGACCAAGACAAAGUUAAGAAGGCAAGGAAAGCAAGCGAAGACAAUGUGACGGAGUUCUUAGAAAGACUAAAAAAGCAGUCUGACAACAAGGAAAAAUAA